UUUACUCUUGGGCUCACAUCUACGUUGGAUGUUUAGCGACGAGGCACUAAAAAUGAUAACACGCACAACAAACGGUGUUUUUAUCCAGAAGAAUCAGAUGUUUCGAAUAGCUGUUUCGAGAAAAAGUUCAAGCGCAAAGCAUGCUGGGACUUGGCUGUCAUGGCGCCGCAGACAAACAGAAAGAAAUCAACUGAGCACUGAGUUCUAACUUAGUUGUGUUUUUGUUUUAUUUUGAUAAUUCAGAGACUGACCCAAAAAACUCAUCAUGUCUGGCAACAAAGCCUUGGAGCUGCAAAUGCAGAUGCGACAAAAUGCAGAGGAUCUUCAAAACUUUAUUAAAGAGCUUGAUAGCUGGGAAGAGGACAUAAAGGAAAAAGAUGAACAGCUUCGUGCUGGAAACCUGGCAGAUCCUCCGAAAGCACUCCCACCUGUAAGAAACAAGGAUUACAAGAAGAAGCGCAAGGUCAGAAGUAAAGUCCCUGCUGAGAAUGGACAAGGGGAGGAGAAGCCAGUACAAAGGUUUAAAUCGUAUGACUACAAAUCCUGGGACAAAUUCGAUGUGGAGAAGGCCCUUGAGGCAGUGGACAAGGAAGUCAGCCCAGGUGAAUCUAAUGACUCAGACUCUGAGGAAGUGCAAGUGGACAGAGACCUAGCCAUGAAGGAAAAGGAGAAGGGCAACAAGUUUUUCAAAGAUGGAAAGUAUGAUGAUGCCAUUGAGUGCUAUACCAAAGGCAUGAGUGCAGACCCAUACAACCCCGUCCUGCCCACAAACCGAGCAGCCUGCUUCUUCAGACUUAAAAAGUAUGCCGUCUCAGAGGCGGACUGUAACCUGGCCAUCGCAUUGGACGGCAAGUAUGUUAAAGCUUAUAGCCGGAGAGGAGCUGCUCGCUUUGCUCUUAAAAACCAUGAAGGUGCUCUGGAAGAUUAUGAAACAGUUUUGAAGUUGGAUCCAGAAAACCUUGAUGCCCAGAACGAGAUAAAGAAACUGAACCAGGUUUUAGGUUCCCAAAAGCAAGAAGGUGGGCAGAUAGAGAAGACGAUGGCUGAGGUGAAACUUACCAAGGAUGUAAAACCAAGUCAGCUGGAGGAGGAACAACAGAGAAAACAAGAGGCAGUGGUUCAAAAAGACAGGGGUAAUGCUUACUUUAAAGAGGGCAAAUAUGAGGCAGCUGUGGAAUGCUACACUAAAGGCAUGGAGGCUGAUGCCACAAAUGUUCUUCUCGCUGCUAACAGAGCCAUGGCAUACCUCAAACUUGAGAGGUUUGAUGAGGCAGAAGAAGACUGCACCAAGGCAAUUGCUCUUGACAGCACCUACUCAAAAGCUUUUGCUCGACGCGGCACAGCACGAGUGGCCUUGGAAAGACUUUCUGAAGCCAAAGCAGAUUUUGAGCGGCUCCUGGAGCUCGAACCAGGAAACAAACAAGCUAUGAACGAACUCAAAAAACUCAAUAUGGAGAUGAUGCCUACUGGGCUGCAACAAGCAGAUGGCACACAAAGAAGAACAGUUCAGCCAAUCGACAAACCAGAACACCUCAGAUCCAAGAAACCACUGAAAAGAAUAGAGAUCGAGGAAGUCGGUGGAAAGCUUACGUCUAUAGCUGAAACUCAGGGAGUCACAGCCAAGGCAAGCUCUUCAAAUUCUGGGCCACUAUCCAGUGCAUCAGCUUUGUCUUCAGAGGAAGAAAUGAAAUGUGAGGCCUCUCCAUGCUCAUCUGUCCCUUGUGCUAAGAUCCAGAAGAUAGAGGAGCUUUCACAGCCUCCGUCAGAACCACCUGCCUUAGCACAACAUGGAGUUUCCUUUGCAAAACAAAAUGUACUGCACAAAAAGGAAAAUCUUCCCAGUAAAACAGACCAAACCUUAUCGUUAUCAUCUUCAGUCCAGCUCGAAGUUAUUCCUCCAGCUCCCACAAACAGCUUCCAGCUUGAAGCAGAUCUAAGAAAGAUCGGUAAUUGCCCUGAACGUACCUACCAGUAUUUAAAGCAAAUUCAGCCUGACGCUUUUUCAACUAUUUUCCAAAACUCUCUGGAGCCUGAUGUACUUAGUAAGAUUCUGAAAGUGCUUCAGUGUUUUUACACCAAAAAUGAGGAUCCAUCAGUCAUUUUGGCCAUCCUGAAAAGCUUGUCAAUUGUGAGAAGGUUUGACAUGGCAGUCAUGUUUAUGUCAUCAGCUGAAAAGCAAGUAUUACAAGAGCUGUUUCAGUGCAUUUCACAUGCUGGACUGGAGGAUGAUUCAGUCCAAAGGCUAAAGAAGAAAUAUGGAGUAUAACUUCUGUGUUGCGGAGGGAGAAGAAAGACCUGGACUCUAUAUCAGUGACAGUUUAUGAAAAAGUAUAAGCUUGUCUUCCAGACAGGCUUGUCUGUCACUGUUAAGUCACAAAUGUUUGAUCGUCUUACAUCGUAUUCCAUAAAUUUAGAGACAAAUAAAUUAAACAUGUUUGGCAGUGA